AUGUCUGACCAAGGACGCAAGGAUUUCACCACAAAGGCCAAGGAGGAGAUCACUCCUGACUCUACCAAGUCCACCCAGGACAAGAUCUCCGAGACUGCUACUGACGCCAAAGAGCGUGUCACUCGUGGAUUGCAGCCUGACGAUAGCAAGUCUUCCACCCAGGAGGCCUUCGAUCGCGCACAGCGUGCCAAGGACAACAACAAUGGCGGAGCCUCUGAGUCACUCUUUGACAAGGCCAAGAACGCAGUCGGCCUUGGUGACCACUAG